AUGCCGGCCGGCGGCGGAGCGGAGCGGACCUGCGGCACCGAGAAAGCAGCGGAGGCGAGCGGAGCCUGCGCGGCGCGGGGUGCGCUCUGCGCCGCGGCAGCGGCGGCGGCGGGAGCCGAGCCCGGCGCCACGCGUGACGGCCCCGCCCACGGCUCCCCUCCGCUCCACUCUCCUGGCCGUGGAGUGCUGAGGCGCUGCCUGGUGGCGGGGUGGACUAGGGAGGCAAUCACUCACCCACCCCUCGGCUCCCCGGGAGGUGGCGGCGCAGGAAGCGCCUCGGGAAAAGCGAACGCCGGCGAAGCCGCGGCUCUUCCAGCGCCCGUGUGUGUGUGGCGGCGCCGCUGCCCCGUUACUUUCCCGGAGCACCCUCCGAACAUAGGGCAGGAGGCGUCCCUCUCCCGUGGGAGGGCUGCUGGAAUGGUGGCGGGACAAUGUCUUCCCCGGGAUGCCGUAACAGAGCAGUUGGACCGGGCAGGAAGAGUCUCCGGGCGUCCCACUCUCUGGUGCGGGCGGGCCUGGCGUCUGCUUCUGGGGGAAAGGGAGCCUUGUGCGCCAAAGAUCAGAACACACAUCUCCAAAAAUUUGAGGUGCUCUAAGUGGGUGGAGUGAGACUCCGGAACAAAACACCUCAUCUCCCCACAACAUGUCUGCUCAGGCUGCAGAGCCCGUGUUCUGCUGUGGCUAAAGGCCCAGCUAAGGAAGAUGUUACAGAAAUGAGUUACCUGUGAGCUGCCCUGGAGGGAACGGGAACGGCAUUCACCUCAGGAAAGAGGAAGCAGGGACAUGUUACGGUGUGUAUCUCAUAUUUGACACCACAUAGAAGGAGAGCUCAUCAGUGCUACCUGUGAAGUGUUUUCUAAAAGAGGAAUGAAAACAAGGAACUGAAAGUUGACAUGAAGAGAAAGGCUCUCACCUCUGAGAAGCUGAAAUUCAUCAUGCCUGGACCCUGGUUUUUGUUAUAUUCACAGAGGUCUUUUGCUUUGUAGGCCUCAAAAACCAGCACAGCUGGUAUGCAGUAGGAUUGCAUAGCUAAGGGAUGGAGAAUUAGUAGUAUAUUUAAGUUGUGGUAUAGCCCACUAAUGGAUGAGCUGUAUUAUUAGGUAUUUCAUUAACUGAAUGACUGUACUGACAAGAACUGACUAAUUGUCUGUCUUCCAGGAUAUGAGGUAUCUCAAGGAUAGGACAAGUUCCCAAGACAUUAGAGUAAUAAAUCUAAAAUGCAUUAGUGGAAAAUAUAAAAUAUUAAA